AUGGAAGAGCAUGCUCAAGAGAUGGAUCGCGUUAACAACGAGCUAGCAGACCUUCGAGGGAAUGUAGGAACAAUUAUGGAAUUACUCCAGGUUAUCAAUGCAAAGAUGGAUACUCAGCCUACUGUGGUUUCUGAGAUCAACACUACCGCUCCCGUAGAUCCUCCGGUUGUUUCAGUUGAGAACCCGUUUCCUUAUGGUCUUUCGCAGAGUUUCAUACAUCUGCCUGUUGUUACGUCAGUUCAACAAACUAUGCCGGUUGCACAAAGUGGUCAACAAGCCAUGCCCGUUAUACAGAACGUUCAACAGACUGUGCCUUUGGUUCCCGAGCCUCCAAAGGUGGUCCCUACCUUCACACAAGCUAAUGUCCAUACUCGGGUGCAGCCUUAUCUUAAUGAGCCUGUUUAUGAAAUUCUGGAUGAUAAUGAUGAAGGGUACCAGCCGCGUGAUAGGCUCCGUGAGGAGGUUGUUACUAUUGAUAAAAGAUUAAGAAAGAUGGAAGGAGACCAAAUCUUUGGUGUUGCUGCUAGAGACAUUUGUUUGCUUUCCGGUUUAAAAAGUUCUGAGACCUUUAAGGAAUACGCCCAGCGAUGGAGGGAAAUUGCUUCCCAGGUUGAACCUCCAUUGACUGAUAAAGAAUUAGCUGACUGGUUUGUUGACACCGUUCGUCCUGAGUUCUAUGAAAGGAUGGUGGGUAGUGUAACCACGAAUUUCGCUGAUAUUGUUGUUGUUGGAGUAAAGGUUGAAUUAGCUAUGAAGAGUGGAAAGAUGUCCAGUGGUUCUAGCAGUACGAGUUCGAAGGACCAAGCUAAGAAGACUUCCGUCAAUCCUCAGAGAAAGAAGGAAGGAGAGACUCAUGUUGUGUCUUCAGAUAGGAGAAGGAAUAGGCAGUAUCAAUAUCCGCCACAGUAUGCCCAACCACAGGGAUACCCGGUUCAGUAUGCACCACCGCCAUACGUGGCUGCUGUUGCACCAUCUUUUAACCAACAAGCUCCACAAGCGCCCGUUUAUCAGCCCAUGCAACAGGUUCCUGGUUAUCCGCCUCCGGUUUAUCCUCCUCCGAAUUAUCAACAAGCAUCCAACGCUCAGGCGAGUCAACAACCGAGGAACCAGGCACCUCGCCAGAAUGCUCCAAGGAGACUAUACAAGACUUGUCCACCGAUUCCGAUGACGUUCACCGAGUUGUAUCCUUACUUAGUGCAACGCGGUUUGGUCACUACUCGAGCUUUGGGACCGCCUCCGAAUCCUUUGCCAGCUAACUACAACACCGCCGCUCAUUGUUUAUUUCAUGAGGGUGCGCCAGGUCACGAUUUGGAGAACUGUUAUGCUUUGAAAAACCUUGUGAGGGAUCUGAUGGAAAAGAAGAUUUUGUCAUUCAACGAUUCGCCGCCCAAUGUCAAAAGUAACCCUUUGCCUGACCAUGGGGCUGUUAAUGCCAUUGAUGCUUCGUCUGAAGAGAAUUUUAUCCUUGAUGUAGCUUAG